ACCAGUUUUAAAAUACGAAGAUCUUUGUCUCUCCCUUUCUUGUUCUGAGCAACACUACAAUGAGUUCUCAUCUUUUCUUGAUGCUCUCUCCAAUUUUUCUCAUACCCUUUUUGUUAUUGCUAUUGAUCAAGCCAAGAAAUAAAAUUGUUGAAGCUAGGAGGCUCCCUCCUGGUCCUAAGAAGCUUCCAUUUAUUGGUAACCUGCACCAACUAGGUGACUUACCCCAUAGAUCACUUGAACAUCUUUCAAAUGAAUAUGGACCUCUCAUGUUCUUGAAACUAGGUUCAGUGCCCACUUUAGUGGUCUCCUCAGCCGAUAUGGCUAGAGAGAUCUUUAAAGAACACGAUCGCGUUUUCUCAGGCCGGCCUGUGCUGUAUGCUGCCAAGAAAUUCAGUUAUAACUGCUCUACUAUGUCGUUUGCGCCCUAUGGUGGGUACUGGAGGGAGGUCAAGAAGAUUGCAAUGACGGAGCUGUUAAGUGCAAAGAGGGUGCAGUCCUUUGAUGCGGUGAGGGAGGAGGAGGUGACCCUUAUGGUUGAUUUUAUAGCUCAUUCUUCAAGUCCAGUCAACCUGAGUGAAUUGGCGCUUUUGCUAUCGAAUAAUGUUGUUUGUCGUGCUGCUUUCAGUCGAAAGAGUGAUGAAAAAGGAGAGAAUGGAAAGAACAAGUUUGAUGAGAUUCUUCAUGAGACACAGGACUUGUUGGGUGGAUUCUGUGUUGCUGAUUUUUUUCCAUGGAUGGGGUGGUUCAACAAGUUCAGUGGCUUGGAAGAAAGGGUGGAAAAGAAUUUUAAUAAAUUGGACAGGUUCUAUGACAAAGUACUGGAGGAGCACCUUGACCCCAAGAGGCCUAAACCGGAGCACGAAGAUCUUGUAGAUGUGUUGCUUCGAGUUCAGAAGGAUCCAAGUCAAGUGAUUAGGCUCAAUGAUGAACAAAUCAAGGCUGUUAUAACGGACAUGUUCAUUGCAGGAACUGAUACAUCCUCAGCCACUUUAGUAUGGAUAAUGACAGAGGUCAUUAGGAAUCCAUCAGUGAUGAGAAAAGCUCAGGAAGAGGUGAGAGACGCUGUCAAAGGAAAAGGGAAGGUGGAAGAAAGCGAUAUUUCAAAACUGGUAUACCUGAAUUUAGUUAUCAAGGAGACACUUCGACUCCAUCCACCGGUCCCAUUGUUGGUGCCACGAGAAACAACAGAGAGCUGCACAAUUAGAGGCUACGAAAUUCCUGCCAAAACAAGGGUGUUCUUCAAUGCAAAAUCGAUAGCUACAGACCCAAAAUGUUGGGAAAAUCCCAAUGAGUUUCGACCUGAGAGGUUCUUGAAUAGCUCCAUUGAUUUCAAAGGACAAAACUUUGAGCUGUUGCCAUUUGGGGCUGGUCGGAGGGGGUGUCCUGGCAUCAACUUUUCGCUGGUGCUAAUUGAGCUUGCACUCACGAAUCUCCUGUAUCAUUUUGACUGGAAACUACCUCAGGGUAUGAACCUAGAAGAUAUUGAUAUGGAAGAGGCAUUUGGUCUUACAAUGCACAAAAAAACUCCACUUUGCCUGGUGGCCACCCCCAUCCCUGUAUAUAUGUAAAAUGAAUAGAAAUUAAGAUUGAAGGUUGGAGAUCUGAAACAGAUUGUAUUUAUGUACAAGAUCACCAAUUACUUUAGUUACCUUGUAACCAUGAUCUAUUCACACAUAAACAGAUGCAUGAAGGAGAGGUUGGCUCAA